AUGUGCGAGAUCACUCAACAUCUUCAUUUUCCGGCAGGCAUUUUCGGAACACUCGAUGUGGAAGGCGAGGCCAAUCACAACAUCCCCAUUUUGGACGAGAACGGCGUGAUCAACCGAGGCGCGGACAUAGACCCAUGUGCGAAGCAGCUGUUCGACGACAUCGAAGUUCUUCUUGGAUUGGACCUGGCCUCUGAUCGCAGGGAUAUGUUGGUACCUCGCAGCAUCAAGAUAUUGAUCGAGAACGAGGAGGAGCACGAGAUCACAGGGGUCGAGGGCGCCAAGCUGCACAAGUGCGAGAUUGUACUGGAGGACGGGUCGAAAUGUGGCCGCAACUUCGCCACGGUCUCCACGCUGAAAGCCCAUCAGACGCACCGCCAGGAACCUAGCCACAAGAUGCGCAGUGUUUUAUCCUUCCUGGUCGUGGACUACAUGUGCGAG